AUGUCCACUAACGUCAACUACGCCGGCGCGGGGUCGCUCCCCGACGCUUGCCUUCCUGCCCGCCGCAAGGCCGACGCCAUGGACAGCCCAACUGACGACGAGGCCACUCGCUCCGCCAAGCGGUGUAAGCGUACUGAAGACAUACAUCAAUGCUUCGAGAUGUCAUCACUCAACGGCUCAAGCAAGAGGCGUAAUCGUGCCGAAGGCCGCAGGGCUGUCAAGCUGCGUAAACGGUUCAUGAAGUCUCUGCGCAACAUCCCAGCCCAAUUCGACAGGGUAGACGGCGCUCAUUUCGCCUUCACCUUCGUCCCGAAGCCCUUCGCGGAGCGCCUAGACGCCAUGGAAGACAUUGAAGUGUCUUUGCCAGCCACCGACUUCGACCUCGUUAGCGAGACCACGCAAUCCACCGUCUCCUCGCAGCACCACCAAGUUCCGAUGUUGAUCGACGGCUCACAGAUUGUCGAGACUGUGGGUCUGAGUGAAGCAUCGGCCUCCAUCUCCACCCUCGACACGGAGAUGGAGAUCGUGUCAGAGCAUGUUCUCGCUCUCGACGCAGCUGCAAGUUCAUUCGGAGACGAAGACGAAGUCAUGGCCGACGCUUCCCAGGUCAUAGUCCCUGCCGGCCCCAAGAGCUUCAUCUCACGCUUCCUCGCUCGCGCCGUCGCCGCCGUUCCUCGCCAGACGACCCAGCUCAAGGGCGUCGUCCGCGGCAUCGCGAAGUCGUCCUCGCGCAAGUUCUCCGCGAUUUCUACUCCGUACGCUAGAACUCGGAGGCCUGAAGGCUUGACGCCUGCUCCCCGCGUCCGCGGAUCGCUCACGGUCCCGGACAACCUUUUCUGUCGUCUGGCUACGACCACCGAGCGGACCGCCGCGAAACAUCCGCUCUCUACCUCUACCGUCCUCAAGCCGGUUCUUUCCAAUGAAGACAUUGUUGCCUCGACCGUGGAGGAUGUCGUUCUUGACAUCCCUGUGGAGAUUCGAGAGGAAUCUCCCGCCCCGAUCGACGUGAUAGACUGCCUUGCAUUGGAAGAGCCUUUGGCCGACAUCAUGCUCAUCGCUGAGGUACACGAGCUGCCAGUCCCCUUAUCCCCAGUCCCUGUAGCAGUGGAGAGCGACGAGGACGUAUUUGGUCCAGUCUCACUUGUAUCCCAGAGCGAGGCGGAGGCGAUGGAGAUUGAGGUCUUUUACGACGCCUCCGAGGACGUGGAAGAUGAGGUCAUGCACGAGGGAGACGCGUUCUUCAGCCUCCCGCCAUCGCCGUCGCCAUCGUCACCGCAGCUUUUCUCGACGACUUUGGACCGCCACUGCGAUGACGACACAUGCAUUGCCUGCCUUCUUCUCACCGACCUUGCUCAAACCCCAAUCUCACCACCUUCCCUUUGCAACACGGACAGUGAGGACUCGUCGGCGUACGGCUCCGAGAUCGAUGAGUACUAUAUCGAUGCUGCGCCAUACAACGUAGUAGCACACCCUGCCAUCUGGCUUUACCGAGACUCACCUGUCCUCCUGGACCUGGAGGACGACGUAGUAGUUGCGGUACCAGUCGAGGAGAUGCUCGAUGUAGAGAUCCUGCCAUUGGCCGCCGACCCUCGCUUCGUCUCACUCAUCUCGGACCUUGACAAGUGGUCCUGCGAGGACAACGCCCGCGUUCUUCCGACGACCUCUUGCGCGGACGUUCUUAUGUCCUCAGACUCCGACGUCUGGUACGAUGCAAUGGACGACUCAGUCUCACCUACUGCCUCUCUCGCCGACAUUCAGAUGACUUGCGACGCCUCCUACAUCGACUUUAUGGACGGCAUCCUCGUCGACCACCCUCACUACUCUGCGUCUCCGUCGCAUGCUCUCUCUGCGACGGGUCUCUUGCCCGAUCUCGGUUACGCGCUUCCCGGACACCCUCUUACAACAAUCGGCGAUUACAAAAGGACAACUCUACUUGGCUCGCCCUUCGAACCUCGCUGGCCAUUGCCUUUCCUCGCCCCGACCGCUCGGCACUCCACUGCCGACACCCCUCUGAUGGGUAGUGACGCUUGCCUGGACUCACCUAUGGACCUUGAGGUCGCAAGUGCUCCUCACUAUGUCCUCGUCCCUGGUCCUGGCUACAACACUACCCCUGCUCAAUUUUCCUGCUUGUCCCGACUCUCUGAAGACGACCUGGCCCUGGCUAUGCUCGUAGACGCACCAUCCUUAGAUCUCAUGGAUACCAGCGUCUCUUGGGUGUCGACCCCGGUCCCUUCUCCUGUUUUCCCCGGCGCUUGGCGGGAGGACUUCGAGUUCAUGGACGACAUUCUCUCCUAG